CGUGUCACUUGCCGCGGCGAGACGCAAAGUUUCCUGGUGUCGGACUCGGCGCACACGACGUGGGCGGAUGUGGAGGCCAUGGUUAAAGUUUCAUUUGACCUGGACAACAUUCAGAUCAAGUACAUUGAUGAGGAUAAUGAUGAGGUCUCUGUGAAUAGCAAAGAAGAAUACGAAGAAGCUCUGAAGAUUGCAGUUAAACAAGGAAAUCAGCUCCAGAUGAACGUAUAUGAAGACUCUUCUCUGAGAGAAACGUCAUAUUCUUGUGCUUCACAACUAUGCGAAAAAAACGUGACAGAAGAGUUGGCACCUCUCAAAGAUGAGAUUUUUUCCCAGCAAAAGUUAAAUCACACUGGAACAGGAAGAACGAAUGAAAAUCCUCCGGAAUGGUUUACUAGCUACUUGGAAACAUUCAGGGAACAAGUGGUUAAGGAAACAGUUGAGAAACUGGAGCAGAAGCUCUAUGAGAAGCUUGUUCAUCACAAUCAGCCUCCAGAUUUUUCUGAAAGCACUGUUACAGCAGUACCUCCAGCUUCAGAGAGCCAGUCAGGGAAUGACAACCAGUGUGACUGGCUGAUCUCCUGCUGCAACUGCCAGGCCCGGAUUGUUGGAGUUCGCUACCAGUGCAGCCUUUGCCCAGCCUACAAUAUCUGUGAGCAGUGUGAAGCAGGAACAUAUGCACACGAUCCUAAUCAUGUCUUGUUAAAGCUGCGAAGACCUGUACUCUGCAUUGCUGAGAAUUACAGCCUUGCAGAAUUUCCACCUCGCCUGCCUGCUACUCUGGAACAAGUCAGGCUCCAGAAACAGAUGGACAAAAGAUUUCUGAAGGCAGAAAAGCAAAGAUUACGAGCAGAGAAGAAACAGCGAAAGGCAGAGGUCCGGGAGCUCAAGAAACAGCUAAAAUUGCACAGGAAAAUUCAUCUGUGGAACUCUGUCCAUAUACUGGAAACUAGUGGCUCAUCUACUCUGAAAUCUGAGAGUCUCCAACCUAAUACCUUCUUGAAUCCUAGUCAGCCCUUGCAAGCAAUUGUCCCGACACUAAGUGCAAUAUUUGUGGACGAGAAUUUGCCAGAUGGAACUCAUUUGCAACCAGGAACAAAGUUUAUCAAACACUGGCGAAUGAAAAACACUGGCAAUGUGGAAUGGAGCUCGGACACAAAGCUGAAACUUAUGUGGGGAAAUCUGACCUUGGCAUCUUCUGAAAAAAAAGAUGUGUUAGUGCCAUCUCUUCCAUCAGGACAUGUAGGAACUGUUUCAGUUGAGUUUGUAGCUCCUAAUAUAGAAGGAACUUACACCUCUCACUGGAGACUUGCACACAGAGGGGAACAGUUUGGGCCCAGGAUCUGGUGCAGUAUUGUUGUGGAUCCUUCCCCAGCUCCCGACUAUCUAGAAAGUAAUGGGGAGGAAUCUGACUCCAACUCCUGUCAGAAGGACAAAGCUUCCAGUACCAAACAGGAUGCUUCCCUAAAGACAGAAGCAGGUGCUCAGCUGAUGGGUAAAAUCAUGGACCAGCCUGAAAUACCUGUACCAACUAUUCCUUUAAAGAUUAAAAAUCUGCCAAGUGAGAGAGAAUUUUAUAUCCCAUCUGUUGAUCUUCUUACUGCACAGGAUUUGCUGUCCUUUGAGCUGUUGGACAUUAAUAUUGUGCAGGAAUUGGAGCGAGUGCCGCACAAUACUCCUGUUGACAUGACUCCAUGCAUGUCCCCUUUGCCACAUGAUAGUCCAUUGCUGGAGAAACCUGGCUUAGGUCAGAUAGAGGAGGAGAACGAGGGGAGUGGAUUUAAACCAGUGCCUGAUACUCAUGUAGUGAAAGUGAGAGCUGAACAUGCAUUCAAUCAGGAGGAAGGGGAAGAAGAUAUGAGUGGAACUCAGUUUGUCUGUGAAACUGUAAUUCGCUCUCUAACCCUGGAUGCUGCACCUGACCAUACACCUCCUCAAAAAAAGAAAAUCCUCCAGAGGGACCUUCCACUGUUUGAUGAGCGAGCAAGGCACGGUAGUGAUACUGGCAAUUCUGAUGAAGAGGAUGAUGAUAAAGAUGAUGUUCAAAGUCAAGGCUCCUCUGCUUCAUCAGAGGAUUAUAUAAUUAUUCUCCCUGAGUGCUUUGACACCAGUCGUCCAUUAGGGGAGUCUAUGUAUAGUUCAGCUCUUUCUCAGCCCAGUUUGGAAAAGACAGGAGAACCUGAAACGGGAGCAGAGAAUUCAAAAGGGAGAAGCCAACUGCUCAUCCCCAGUGUCAGUGGUACUCUGACAGCUUCACAAACAUUGGCCGUAGUACCACUAACUCCAGAAACUGCGGACACCUUACCUGAGACACAAAGGAAUCUUGCAUCUCUUCAGAAUCAUAUCUUCCAAGAGCCAAAGAUGUCAUCUUCGGAGAAUAUCUUUUCUGCUCCUCAUAAUCAAAUAAGAGAAGAACCCAGUGGUGAAGAUGGUCAUGGACCGGGAUCUUCUGGAUUUGUGACUAGUAAACAGAAGUGCUCAGAAUAUCCAAGAUACCCUCAAGGGAGCAGCAUUGCAGGAGAACUAGUUAAAGGAGCUUUGUCUGUUGCAGCUUCUGCCUACAAAGCAUUAUUUGCUGGAUCACCCAUUAUAGAACAGCCUGCAGCUACAGAAGAGCACACUACCACUCUUCUGUCCAAUCUGUGUGAGAUGGGAUUCUGUGACAGGCAGUUAAAUCUGCAGCUGCUGAAGAAACACAACAAUAAUAUGGUUCAAGUGAUAACUGAAUUGCUCCAGAUCAGUAACAGUGACUGGUACAGCAGUAGAUGCUGAACCUUCCUG